UAUAUACACACACAUACAGACGUACAGACAUGAACACGCACAGUCAAGAAGGACAAAUCUGAUUUGGUAAAAGGGAAUCUCCUCAGAGAGAAAGAGAGAGAGAGAGAGAUCUGGAGAGAGAGAGAGAGAGAGGAUGGGGAAGGGAAGAGCACCGUGCUGUGACAAGACCAAAGUGAAGAGAGGUCCAUGGAGCACAGAGGAAGACAUGAAACUCAUCUCUUUCAUUCACAAGCAUGGCCAUGAGAACUGGAGGUCUCUCCCCAAACAAGCUGGGCUCCUGAGGUGUGGGAAGAGUUGCCGUUUAAGAUGGAUUAACUACUUGAGACCAGACCUGAAGCGAGGGAACUUCACCGCGGAGGAGGAAGAAACCAUCAUCAAGCUUCACCGUAGCUUCGGGAACAAGUGGUCGAAGAUUGCCUCCCACCUGCCGGGAAGAACAGACAACGAGAUCAAGAACGUGUGGCAUACACAUCUAAAGAAAAGAUUGGUUCAGAGCUCAGGACCCGACCUUCACGCAGAUGAAUCUGCCUCAUCUUGUUCGGGUGGCUCUGUUUCUGGUGAAAAACCAGAAGGGGGGAAGGAGCCAGAAGGUUCUUUGGCAGAGAAGGUAUCUCACGAGUCAUCACUCAGUGAGUUGACAAGUUCUUCAACCUCUUCCGGUGGUUCCAACGUUAUAAACCCGGAAGAUGAUCUUCAGAUGGGUGGCUUGCUCGGGUACAUAGAAGGUUAUAGCGGAAACUCAGACAUGUUUCAAGAGGUGGAUAAACCAGACAUGCUGGAGAUCCCUUUCGAUUCAGAUCCUGACAUUUGGAGCUUGUUAGAAGAUUGUUUAGAUGCAUCCCAAGAACCCGAUGCAGAUGGUAACAGCUUAUUAGCUUCAAGGGCGGAAGAAUCUGAGGAGGUCAAACAGUGGUUCAAGUACAUUGAAAACGAACUUCUGUUGGAAGAGGAUGAUAACCAGAAGCAUAAACCAGGAACAACAGGAGAAGAAGAGGAAGAAUCAUCGCUCUUGAAAACUUAUGAACUGAUGAUACACUAAUGAAUCAAGAAACUGAUUCCAUUACUGUCCAAUAUCUUCAAAAUACAUAUACUCUGUUGUAAAGGGAGGGAUCGAGUAGGGGUAUACAUAUUAUCAACAGAAAACACUCAGAAAGACAAAAAAAAAAAAAAAAAAAAAAAC